AUGGAGAACCUUGACACCAGCAGAACAGAAGGUAUUUUUGUGCAACUUAUCAAAUCUAUGCAAUUUACACUUUAUGUUGAGUGAAGCCGUCAAGGUUUAUUACAGUAUUUGAUUAACUUCUUAGUCAUAACCCAUCACUAAUAAAUAAGGCAAAGAAGAAUCAGUCUCCACUACAGGAAGCUGAUGUUGUGCUUUACUUUGCCCCAUUUCAGAGAUUGUCCAACCGGUCAGUGAGACCAGUGACAAGAUCGUUGUGGCAGAACCAGGUGCUUCAUCAUCUAUUGAAACCACAGACCUUCUGGACCAGCAGGGUAACAGACACAGAGCUCCAGACACCACACUCAAUAUAGAACCUGAAAACCAGACGUUCCAGCAUCCAGCGUCACCAUACAACAGAGCAAGGCAGGACCAUCAGGUUGCUGAGUGUGUGACCUGGGAAACUGACCAUCAACCCAUAGCAUACAGCCUGUCUCAAUGGACAGAGAAGCAAGAGACUGACAACCGAACUGUGAAUGCUCCUCACAAUGCAGGGCCAGACUCCAAGAGGCUGUCUGAACAUCCAGAGAGGAGAGGGGCACCUGGUAACUCUGGGGUCUGCAUGUCUGCUUUGGGCUCUCUGGACUGGCUGCCUGAUGUGAUGCUGGUGGACUCGGUUCCCAUUAAAGUGGAGGCAGAUAUGAGUUCAGAAUGGACGUCUGGAGAGGUCUGUUCAGAGGGCAGGCAGCUUGUGGACAACAGAGGAAGAGGGGGAAUGGAGUCUGGACAGACAAAGUGUCCCACUGACACUCAAAACACAGAGCAAGGGAGAACUGUAGGAUCAAGAUCCAAGAUGCCAGAUUUCAAUGGACUGUCCUCCCCAAACAGCUUUUCAUCUCCAAGGGUUACUCUCCAACAGGUUCCCCAAAGAGGGAAGCCAGCCCCCUUCUUGAAUUUCAACAUAUGCACCACUUCUUCAUCGAAAGGCAUAGAAAAGCAGCCGCAACAGCUAACGUCUCACUCGCCCAAGAGGCAGCUCCGGUGCACUCUUUGCGGAAAGCCCUUCCCCCAGCCGGCGCACCUGCGGAGGCACAUGCGGGUCCAUACGGGGGAGAAACCAUACGGCUGCAGCCACUGCACCAAGCGCUUCUCCCACAGCCACCAGCUGAAGAUGCACGAGAGGGUGCACACUGGAGAGAAACCGUUUCAAUGUGUCUACUGCGGGAAGUGCUUCACCCAGUCAGGCCACAUGAAGAAGCACCUCCUCGUCCACACUGGCAGCAGGCCACAGGACGUUGGGCUGUCCUGAGUGUUCCAGGGUGAAGUUUCCCCUAGGUACAGAUCUAGGAUCAGCUUCCUCUCCCCCAAUCUUAUCCUUAACCAUUAGUGGGGGAAAAUGCUACACUGACCCAACAUCAGCAUCUCGAGGCAACUUCACACUACUCUACUCGGCAUAAUGAUAGGCAGGGCCAGGAGUUUUUCCUCACCACGUGACCAGACCAGGGAAAAACUCCUGUCCCUAGUUGUAAGAGGAAUGGCUCCACACUACUGACGUUUUCUUAUAAAAACUGUUUUUUUUUAACAGUUUGGAUGGUUUCCCCAUUGAACGCUACCUCUGUGUGUAGUGGUUGUGUAUUAAGUUCAACUGGCUUGAUGCUUGGUCCAGAGUGGACUGAUAAUGUAUAAGUUAUUACAGUUGAAGAUUUUAAACAUCCUCAUGAAUUUGUAUUGGUGCAGUGAUGAACCAAAGAACAGUAAUUAAGAAUUCAGGAAGCUCUGGACAGGUGCCUGGGUGAACAAGACCUGUUGGUUGUCGAGAGAUCGUUGCUCGGCUCAUCUCCUACCUGGAUGCAGGAAAGAGGAUGUAGGUUCAGGGAGGAGGAAGGCGCAGGGAAGAGCGCAAUGA